GUCUCUUGAAACACUUGUGGAUGGUUCACCGCACAAGUGUCUUGGUUGGUCUGCUGCAUCACGUGUUCAUUCGCCAGUGGACAGUGCUGUGGUGUGGGCUUGGCUACACUGUUCAGGAAAAGGGAGGAGGGGAGGGGAGGUGAAGGGAUUGUGGUCAUUGGAUGCUUAUUUUGCUGUUUAACCAGUUUGGUGGAAGAGAUCGAGUUGGGAUAAGGUAGGCUGCAGUGUUGGUGCAUGGGUUGAGGUGACGUAGGCACUUGCAUGAAGAGAUGAUGAACAGUCAAGGAUCAAGUGGCGCAUGCCAUCGCUGUGGAAGGGCCGGGCACCUGGCAAGAGACUGCAGUUUGCACACAUGCUUUCGCUGCAAUGGCAGGGGUCACAUGGCGUGGGAGUGCGCGGAGGGUCUCACGUGCAUGAGGUGCGGAGAAGUCGGCCAUCUGCAGAGAAAUUGCAAGAACGUUUCCUGCCACAAGUGUGGUCAGAAGGGCCAUAUCUCAAAGUAUUGUACGGACCCAUUUGUGAAGGCCGUUGAGGUGGAGAGAGAAGAACAUAGGCAGCUAAUUCUUGCAGUGCGCUCGGGAGGGCUCUUGGGUGUGGCUAUUGGUGCAGGACCAGGUGCGGCCAGAGCUUUCCCUGGUAUAUCAAAUGCUCCGGGUCUCACGAUUGGUCAGGUUCCUGGGGGGACUGGUCCAUGGGAUGGCCUUGGAAGGGGGAGAGGAGGAGGAGGAAUUGGAGGAAGAUCUUCAUGGGCCGUCUCUCGUGGGAGAGGUUUCCCUGUGGCUGCGGGAGUCGGUGGUAAUACGGCAGGACGUGGUCCACCAGGUGGGAGGUGGAACAGCCAUUCAGCUCCAGGGCGAGGAGAGAGACGAGCUGGGGAUUCUACAUCUACCAAUAAGCAGGGAGGCGGGGCUAGCGAUGUUAGCCCGAGUGCACCACUGGCUUCGUGGGCGCCAAGUCCUCUGGCGCAGAAUUCUGCAUCUCAGAAAGCAUUGGUUGCGCAGAGAGUGCGUGUUGUGGAGAAGCGAGCGAAGAGAAAACAUGGCGAGGGUGGUGAUGCUGAGGGCGCAGAGCGCUGUAGAAAGAGGGAAGGAUGUGGGGAGGGAACAGAGACAGGGAAGGAUGAAGAGCAUCAAGCUGGGGUCAUGCAGGAAAGGGGAGAGGUAGCAGGCGCGAGCUUGCGAAUGGAGGGAGGGGGUGAUGCGGAUGGGAAAGUUGCGUCUGACACUAGAGGACCAUCUCUUUGGGAGGGACUGGUUGCAUAUGGAAGUGACGACGACGACGAUGACGACGACGAUGAUGACGUUGAUGAUGAUUGCGAUGCUAGCAGAGGUGAGUUAGGUGAUGCAGUUGGAGGACACAGUAGGGACAACGAUGGGUCUGCGGAGCAGAAUGGCAAAGUACAGGACGAUAUGAAUGCAGGGGUAUGCUUGAAAUUCUGCAUCGGCGGAAAUGAUGCUACUCCCGCCACCAGCCGGGGACCGCCAGAGUUAGAUGCAGAAUGGACUCCAGUUAAUUGUGUUCAUGAACACGAGGAGCCGAUCGGUGAGGCGAUCACUGGUGACAGACAAAUAGAGAGAGAAGACUUACUUGGUGCUGCAAAAGAGAUUCAGUCACCGGGUACUCGAAGCUUUGGCAAUGAGAGAGGUGUUGAUGUCUCCCCAGCCUGUGCUAUACGGACAAAUGAGGGCAGUGCUUGCCUCAGAGAAUCAACCAGUGCAGAAGUGAACAGUCCACCUCGAGAAGACGUUGACGGUAAGAUUGCUGGAGAAGAUCUGCAACCGGAAGCCCUUUCUGCAAAUGACAGUCCGUGUGAGAAAGAUGCGAGAACUGUACCAGAGGACGAAGACACAGUAUCUCCUGACAAUCCAGUGAAAUCAGGGCACGAUGGCGCUGAUUGCAGACUAGGUGGUGUUCUCGUACGAUCCAAGAAAGAGGCUCCUCCUUCAUCCCACUGCCCAAGUCUGAAUGGACAAAUUAAUGGAGACGCAAGCUGAAGGAGUCGUUAUAAUUACUGACUGAUUUAGAAACUAAUGUCGAGGAAUUUCUGGAGGGUUGCGGGUUCCUUAAUAUCAAAUUGUCCACAACAACUGCGAGAAUCCGCCCUCUUCCUUAUCACUUCUUCUUCAGUCUGUCUGGUAUGCAAGUGCAUGCUGGACUCUUAACCAUGAUUUCCACUACAGGCAUGUGUGUGUUUGUGCAUUCAAUCACUAUCAUCAUCAUCAUCAUCAAUAUUUAUCUUUUCAUUACUGGCAACGUCUCGCAUUGAAAUACUGUAUGGGGGGAUAUUGCUUCUGUCAGUUUAUGUGGCUGUGAGUGGAAGCUUGCUUCUGUCAGUUUAUGUGGCUGUGAGUGGAAGCUUCCUGGGACAGGCACCUUUUCCGAUUCCAGUCAAUGUGUGGGUUUGGCUCUUCUGGCAGUUUGCGUCGCUGCGAGUGGUAGUCCCCUGUGUAUGAAAGUGCGCUUCAGAGC